GGCAUGGCUGCUGCACAUAGUUUGGCCGGUGAAAGUGUUGCUCUGCUAACCAACCCCAAACGCAUGGUGCCUACUAUGAUUGAAGCCGUGGCGCGCCUCUUUGUUACGAGGUUCCUUCAAACACAUAUCUCCUGCGGAUGUUUAGUAUUAUUGGAGGAAGGGGGUACGAAAUUCACCUUCGAAGGAAACAGGAGAAUAUGUCCUCUGAAAACUGUUCUUAGAGUUCAUAGUCCCCAGUUUUACUGGAAGGUCAUGACAAGAGCUGAUGUAGGCCUAGCAGAUGCAUAUAUUGAUGGUGAUUUUUCUUUCACAGAUAAGAAAGAUGGCCUUCUAAAUCUUUUUAUGAUUCUUAUUGCCAGCAGCAAUGUAAAUUCCAACACAACAAAAAUGAAGAAAAGGGGAUGGUGGACGCCAUUGCUAUUCACAGCCGGCAUAUCAUCUGCAAUAAAUUUUUUCAAGCAUUAUUCAAGGCAAAACACUCUUACAAACGCUCGCAGGAACAUUUCUCGUCAUUACGACUUGGGUAAUGAACUAUUUGCUCUGUUCUUGGAUGAAACAAUGCAAUACUCGACUGCUGUAUUUAAGAACGAAGAUGAAGACUUGAAUGUUGCACAGCUGAGAAAAAUCUCUAUUUUGAUUGAAAAGGCAAGAAUUGAUAGGAAGCAUGAAAUUCUUGAAAUUGGGUGUGGUUGGGGAAUCUUUGCUAUUGAAGUUGUCAAACGAACGGGAUGCAAAUACACUGGCAUCACUCUCUCUGAAGCGCAGCUGGAAUUUGCAGAAAAGAAAGUGAAAGAUGCUGGCCUUCAGGAUCACAUUAGACUUCUUCUUUGCGACUACCGCCAAGUGCCUGAUCCCCAAAAAUAUGACAGGAUCAUAUCAUGCGAGAUGAUAGAACAUGUUGGCCAUGAAUUUAUGGAAGAGUUCUUUGGUUGCUGCGAAUCAUUAUUGGCCGAAGACGGUAUUCUUGUUCUGCAGUUCUCAUCCUUACCAGAUCAACAUUAUGACGAGAACAGGCUAAAUUCAAGUUUUAUGAAGGAAUAUAUCUUUCCCGGCGGAUGCCUACCUUCAUUAAGCAGGGUAACAUCAGCCAUGACUUGUGCAUCCCGACUCUGUGUGGAGCACCUGGAGAACAUAGGGAAUCAUUUCUACAAAACACUAAGAUGUUGGAGAAAAAACUUUAUGGAGAACCAAAGCAAAGUCCUCGCUCUUGGCUUUGAUGAAAAAUUUAUAAGGACGUGGGAAUAUUACUUUGAAUAUUGUGCAGCUGGUUUUAAGUCACGUACACUCGGAGAUUAUCAGAUUGUAUUCACACGUCCUGGCAAUGUUGCUGUAUUUGGCAAUCCAUAUCAAAGGGUGCCUUCGGAAGUUGAUCAUCAUGAUCCUAGUGUUCCUGAUGGAGAAACCACCGAACCUUCGUAUUAAUGUAAUCAGGAGUUGAUGAUCCCAGCUUUCCCCAACUAGAUCAAAGAUGGCAUUAAUGCACUCAGAUGAUGCUAUCCAUCGAUAUAUAUAUAUAUAUAUAUAUAUAUAUAUAUAUUAAGCUACUUUA